AUGCCGUCACAUCUUCUUACUACUACCAUUGAUGACCUCCUCUACCCUUCUCCCACAACACCAACGAUAUCCUCCCCUCCCAAGGCUCUGCCUCAAGGACACCACCUUGUCUACUUCCCUAUCCAACUGCCUCCCUCGCGGCUAAUUCCUGAUGGCGCGGAUCCUGAUCACUCGCCUGGAUCACCGUAUGUGCGGCGCGUGUGGGCGGGUGGUGAAGUUACAUUUAGAGGUGAGGAGAUGAAGCUUGACGCUAGACCGGUGGUCUGUAGAGAGAAAAUCGAGGAUGUUAGUUUGAGAGGCAGGGAGGGAGAGGAGAAGGUAUUUGUUGAUAUAUGGAGGAAGUACGGGACUGGUCAUGAGGUUGAGGGGCGAGAAGAGUGGGAUAUUGAGGAAAGACGGACUUUGGUGUUUAUGAGGGAAGAAAAAGAAUCUGCUUCAUCACAUGCACGACUUCUUAAGUAUCCUCACCCACCAACUUACUCCAUCUCACUCACCCCAUCACCGAUACACCUAUUCCACUUCUCAGCGCUAUCUUUCAAUGCCCACUUCAUCCACUUCGACCCUCAAUUUGCGCGAGAAGUAGAUGGCCACCGAGCACUUCUCGUCCAUGGCCCUUUCACUCUUGCUCUAAUGCUCCGCGUUCUCAGCGACCAAAUCGGUUCGCAUGCAUAUGUUCAUAAGUUUAGCUACAGAAACUAUGCGCCGCUCUAUGUUAACGAAAGCUUGAGUAUCAACGUUCGAAGAGUCUCGAAAGAUGAAGGCGUCGACGGACGAUGGGAUGUUUGGAUUGAGGGGCCAGAAGGAGGAAUGGCUGUCAAAGGAACAGCGGAUAUCGUCAACAAAUAA